GGCUUCAACGUGGCCUUCACCAUCGCCUGGCCACAUUGAACCUUAAACACGAUGGCGGCGAUGCGCGCUUUUGCCGAUACCUUUUAAGCAAGUUUGUAGCGACUACUGCUUCUAACACUGCUCCAUCGGCUUUGUUUUUAGUUAGGUGCAACACCAAAACUUUGUAAUUAGAUAGGAAUGUCCAGUUUCACUUUUGGUGCUCCCGCAAAACCAACGGGAUUCGGCUUUACAGGAUUUGGCACGACUACCACGACGACCGCACCAACGUUUGGGACCGCUACACCUGGUGUGGGCUUUGGUACGACGCCAGCGACGAGUGCACCCGCAGCAACUGGAUUCGGCAUGACGUUUGGACAGCCUGCGAACACUGGCACGGGUUUUACUUUCGGCCAGCCUGGCUCGACGUUUGGUCAGCCGGCGGCUGCCACAACAACUACCGGAUUCUCGUUUGGCCAGCCAGCGGCUGCUCCCACUGCGGCUACUAGCUUUGGGUUUGGUCAGCCGGCGGCCACGACAACCACUGGAUUUACGUUCGGUCAGCCAGCAGCAGCCAGUACAACUAGCGGGUUCACAUUUGGCCAGCCAACUGCCGCCACGACAAACACUGGCUUUAGCUUUGGCCAGCCAGCAGCAACUGGCACUGGGUUUGGAUUUGGCGCGCAAACGACCGCAACAGCUCCAACAUUUAAUUUCGGCGGUACCCUAGGAACCACUACGGCGGCACCAACAUUCUCGUUUGGAGCUGCUUCAACAACAGCUGGUAACACUGGCUUUUCGUUUGGAGGAUUCGGUACCAACACAACCACAACACAGAGCAACCCAUUUGGAGGCACUUCACUAUUCUCAACCGGCUUUGGAACCAGUGCGGCCCCGUCAUUUGGUGCUUCCGGCCCCACAGCGGCAAGUGCAGCGGCAGCGGCCGCGCCUUCGGCCAGCAACAUCACCAACCUGGCGACGGCACUAUCUCUGCCCACAGUAUUCAAUGAUGAGAGGGACACCAUUUUGUCGAAGUGGAAUCAGCUGCAGGCCUUCUGGGGCACUGGCAAGGGCUACUUCUCGGCCACGGCACCUCCUGUGGUGUUCACCACUGAGAACCCCUUCUGUCGAUUCAAGGCGAUCGGCUAUAGCCGCUUGCCACAAGCAAAGCCAGAGGACGGCCUGCUAGCACUGCUGUUUGAGAAGAAGCUGGAGGAGGUGCAACCCUUGCAGGCGCAGCUGGUUGAGGGGCUUCAGCGCGCGCUGGGCAACAAGCCAAAUGUCGCUGUCUGUGUCGAAGGUCUCAAGAGCCUUGAUGUCAACAGGUGUGAGCUGGUCGUGUAUGUGAUGGAACGUGCUCCAACAGGGCAGACACGACGGUUUCCAUCCAACGAAGUAGUGUCGUACCUGGAACAGGCAACUGUGAAGCCCCAGUUGACUAAUAUGGGUGUGCACUCGACCAUCUCCAAGGCAGCUGCAACCAAGGACUGGCUGAAGCACUACCUUGCGAAUCCACCUUGUGGGAUAGAUCCAUUGCUGUGGGAGCAAGCUAAGCUGGACAACCCAGACCCGGAGCGACUCAUCCCAGUGCCGAUGAUCGGAUUUGCAGAGCUUCGGCGUCGUUUCAAACUUCAGGAGCAUGAGAUCAAGCAACACCAGUGUCGGCUAGAUGCAAUAGCCGAGGAUAUCUCGAAGCUCCAAAUUCACCACACGAAUACCGCAGCGAAAAUUGAAGAACACCAGAGAAAGCAGCAGAACUUGUACCAUAGGAUACUGAAGGUCAUGGUUCACCAUGAGGUCAGCCGCAAGAUGGGCUUUGCAAUACAGCCAGAAGAGGAGCAUCUGCGGACAAUGCUAGAGUCCAACCUGGCUGAACUGAGUGCGCCGACACAAUUCAGGGGGCGCCUAAACGAGCUGAUGUCACAGAUCAAGCUGCAGAACAACCAGAUGACAUUCACUGACACGGCAAUACACUGCAGCCUUGACUCCAAUUCCAUGAGCCAGCUCAAAGAGCACCUGAACAGCCAGCAGAAGGGCAUCUUUGAGCUGGUGAAGAUUAUUAAGAAUGACCUCGAAGAAUUGAAGAAUAUUGAAAGCAAUCUCCAAGUGGCAGGUGGCCCAAGAAGAUAGCAGAGCAAGCAAAUAGGGGAUACCCAAGGUUCUGCUUGCGAGCUUUCUUGCCACACAUAAUGCCAUAGGGACAAUAACAUCACAACCGGCAUAGAAGCCGGAAACACGCAAUCCUUUCUAUGACAUUAUACUCUGUAGCGAAGCUUCAUGCAGAAAAGUCUGCGAGUACAAUUUUUGAAUAUCCCCUAUUUGUGUUACGAUUUGCUGCCUGAAGUUUUAAAGACAAAGCUAUAUUUUUAGCAGCAACAGUGUAAAUUGUAAAAUAAUAAAGUGAGAACCAGCA